CAGAAAACUCGGUCUUUCCCCCAUGCCUGCUGCCUGACCCGGCACGGUGACCCCGUGUCUCGCUCCGCAGACGGGCUCUCCUGAGUCUCCCAAGCAGCCGAUUUACGGCCUCUCCUUAAGUGCAUGUGUGAAGGAGGGGGAAAACUGAGCUGUAGUUAAUCUCAUGUUUCUAAGCAACCAGGUAAUUCUCUGCGGCGAUCCCUAAUGGGGAAUUCCUGUUUUCCUGCACCCCUGCUCAGCUGCGGCGGAGGAUACCUUCCUCUCUGCCUUCUCCAGCUCCCCGGCCAUGGGGACCUGGAGUCCGAGGAUGGUUACAGCUUUUCAGCAGUUCCCCAAAUGUCGUGGGGGAGGGCGAGGAAGCACAAAAAGGGAGCUUUGUUAAUGGUCUGUAACAGUGGAACGGGAAAAUGUUCAGAAGAGGACCUUUACCAGAUGGAUAAACCUACAUUUGGGAAAGUGCAAGCCUCCUCUGAAAGUAAGAGACUUGUUUAUUGAUAUACAAGAUGGCAAAAUCUUGAUGGCGCUGCUGGAAGUCCUGUCAGGACAAAAGCUGAUGCACGAAUACAAAUCUUCAACCCAUCGCAUUUUUCGUUUGAACAACAUAGCCAAAGCACUUAAGUUCUUGGAGGACAGUAAUGUAAAGCUUGUUAGCAUCGAUGCAGCAGAAAUAGCAGAUGGAAAUUCUUCCCUGGUACUUGGGCUAAUAUGGAAUAUAAUCUUGUUUUUUCAGAUUAAGGAGCUGACAGGCAACCUCAACAGGAACUCCUCCUCCUCCAGCCUGUCCUCCGGGCCCAGUGGUCCGGAGUCAGACACAUCCCACCCCAGCACUCCCAGCGUGGAGAGAAACAUGUCCAUUACAGUGAAGGAUCAGCGGAAAGCCAUCAGAGCCCUUUUAAUCUGGGUUCAGAGGAAAACCAGAAAGUACGGUGUUGCAGUUCAAGACUUUGCCAGCAGUUGGAGGAGUGGUCUUGCUUUCUUAGCUAUCAUAAAAGCAAUAGACUGUACUUUGGUAGACAUGAAGCAAGCACUGGAGAAAUCAUCUCGAGAAAACCUGGAGGAUGCUUUCAGCAUAGCACAAAAUAAGUUGGGUGUUCCUCGACUCCUAGAACCAGAAGAUAUCAUGGUGGAAUCACCCGAUGAACAGUCAAUUGUGACGUACGUGGCACAAUUUCUGGAACACUUCCCAGAGCUGGAAGGGGAAGACUUUACAGAUCCUGACAAGGAGCUUCCUAUUGAGUCCACGUAUGUCCACAUCAAAGACACACCUUCAGAAAAGGAAGGCAAAAUCUUGAUUUUAAGUGAAAGUGAAGAAAACAUGUAUACCGUUAAUCACGAAAGGAGUCAUCCAGCUCCUCCAAAGGUUCAUAUUCAUGACACCCCUGAGAGAAUUCCGUCAGAAACCAUUCCUGAAAAAUGUAAUGGGAAAUUGAGUCAAGUGUCAGGUGAUUCACAGGAAACAUCUGAAGAGGAGCCUCAGAGGCCUACCUCACUGAAAAUUACAGGAUCUGUCAGUUUUGAAUCCAAUUCCUCUUGGGAGGUUCUCAGUGAUAAAUUCAUGCCAGGUGAAGGGGGCAUAUCUGAUGAUCCACUGAAACAGAAUGAUGACCUUUCUCCAGCUGUUCUGACAGAUCAGAAAAAUUCUGUUGACUCUUUUGAAGACUACUCUGAAGAAUUAACUAAAGAAAUCUCUACUGAAUAUGACAACGAAACUAAGAGCCUUUCAGCCAACACUUCUUCUUUGAGUCCAUUAUCCUGGACUUCAGGUAUACUUACAGAUGAAUCUAUAAAUAAAGUAGAAGAGAGCAAACCCCAGAAUUCAAUUCUUUUACCAGAAGGUACCUCAAAACAAGAAGAUACGCAUAAGUAUGUUCUUCAUCUAAAUGAGGAAAUACUGAAGCUUCCACAAAAUGAACAUACAAAGCAAUCACCUGUCUUUGAGACAAUAGAAACUAACCAUUCGUCACUGAGUGGUUCUAAUCUCAAAAGCCAAGAACUAUCUACAGAGCCUGAAGCAUCUGAUGACUCUCUCUCAGAUGUACCCAAAAAUCCAGAGGACCUGGACAGCUGUGACGAAGUUGAGUCUUCAGCUGAAGUGCUACCCAGUUCUUCGAAAGUGUCUGUAAUACCCCACGAUCUCUUUUAUUAUCCACAUUAUAAUGUUCCCAUAUCAGCAGUUUUGAAUGCUUACCUUGAGCCUUGUAUUGAAGGUUAUGGUACUGGAAAUGACAAAUCUUCUUCUGAAACAGUAACAGAUGUUUUACAUGAGAAGAGCUUACCAGAACAGAACUACAAGGAAGAUGUUCCAGACCCAGACUUAGGGAAUAAGCUAGGUGUCCCUCCAUCAGAAAUGGAUACUGAGAAUGGCAAGGAGGACACAACAGAUACUAACAGUCACAUGAAUUCUUUCGAUGAAAAAGAAGUGCCAUUACUAGUAGGAGAAGAGUUAGAAAUUGAAAAAGAUGGCAAAAAGGCCGCCAACCAUGAAGAUUCCACCAUUCUGCAACACCCUGAGGCCAUAGUAGAAUAUCUAGAGGAUUUAUCAGUAGCCAUAAAGAGACCAGAAAAAAGUAGUAAUAGGGAGGAAGAAGGGAAAAAUAUGAUCAAAGCAGAAGACUUGCAAAUCUCAGAAGUUGCUACUACUGCUCUGUCACAAGAUAAACUGGAAGAAAUUGCUGAUUGUCAGGAAUUUACCAGAACCAGUGACAGUGAUUCCAACAUUUAUCUCCGAAAAAGAUCUCCUAAUACUUCUGAGGAGGAAACCUAUGGUGUAAACGAGCAGAAGAUGACGGAUAUGGAUGAAAAUCCAUUAAUCAUCAGGAAGAAAAAGGACUUGGAAGCAAGUGAGACUCCAGCACCAACUCAUGAGAUUACGAUUGUUGAGCAGCCAGAGCUAUUCUACUUCAUCAUUUUCUUCUGGGUGCUGGUCUACUGCCUUUUACUCCUUCCACAGCUUCUUAGCAACAAAGUUUGAUCUCUGUGAGGUGUGGAAAAAUUAAGGACGGUGGUUGGAUUGCUUUGUGUAUCUGCAUAUGAAUAUGUUCCUUCAGGUGAAGCACAAACAGAAAUGUAGGACCUGGUAUUUGUGUUUAUUAUCAGGUUGUCCUCAAUUCCUCUACUGUUGUGCUAUGACAGUGUCUAAGCACAUUUUAUAUUACAAUAACUGUGUGUAUAUAUAUAAAAAGGACCUGAUUUAGUAGACGCGAUUUUGUACAUUUGUGCCUUGCUUUAUAAGAUGCUAAAUAAAACCAGAUAAUUAUCAGUAGAAAUAUGAACAAUUCAGAGCUCUGGUCUUCAAAAAUGAUUCUUCUGGCUUCAUUUACUUACGUAGGGCCUGACAGCUGUGGAAGAGGGGUGGUGGUGACUUGCCCAUGAAUCUGGUCCACCUGCAAGGGCAAAGCUAGAAAUGCUUUUUCAUGUUUUCCAUGCAAUUCGAGAGAGCUGGAGACAGAGCAGAGCUGCAGGUGGUAGAACACAGUGACCCCAGGAAUUGAUUACAAUUCCAAUGGCAAUCCAGUGGAGCAACAAAAUCAAGUUGAGGGUUUAUUUGGGUAGGGGAGUUUGGUUUUUUAGGAUUUAAAUUAAUUUUUAUCCUGCACCUUUUGUUAUGUUUAAUUCACAGGAAUAAAUUGGGUGUGGAGAAGUGUGAAGAACAUACAUGCUAGCUCUUUCUUAGGAGGGAUGAUACAGGAAAUCUUAGCCCAGGAACUUCUGUAGAGAAUACCUGAAGAAAUACACUUUUUGUACAUUACUGAUGGUGGCCAUCUUUGAAAAGAUGUUCAAGAGGCUUAAUAAUUUUAUCAGGAAUAGAUACCAUGGUUUUGGGUUUGUUUUUUUUUUUAAAAGUACCUCUCUGCUUCUGAGGCUGCUUCUGCUUCCUUUUCUCUGCUGCUUUUAAUUACCAGAUCAUGUGAAGAUUUCUCUUUUUUGAAGAUACAAAAAAUAAUAGGUAACCUAAUUUGCUGAGGCUACUGUUAAGACAUAAGUGCAUGGUAAAAGGACUAGAAAUAUCCUUCAAGUGCCCAAAUCAACAGACAAAGAAAUGACAGAUGUAAAACUAAAUACAGAGAAAUGUUGAGAGCUGGUAUUGACUUUCUAGUGCAACUGAAGAGACUCUUCUGACUUGUCCAUAGACACAGUUGAGCCACUUCUGCAUCUUGUAAUUUUUGUCCACCUCAGUGAUCACUUUAGGAUAUUUGAUUUAGGAUUUUUGCCAGAGAAGGCGUACCUGUGCAUUACAGGACAAAAGAGAAGUCUUCAAUUUAAUAGCAGUAACUUUUCUCUGUGUGACUUUUAGUCACUGUUUUUCAUCAGCAUAUUUUUAGUUUCAUAGUAUGCUUUAUGUGAUUAUGUCGUGUUGUUGCUUCCACCUGAAAAUUCAUAAGGUUGACUGCAAUGUGCUUCAUAAAAUCAGGGUUUCAUAAUUUACAUUGAGUGAAAGUUACAACAUAUGGCUAUAAGUUUUACGUAUUUUGUUUUAGCAUAAGGUGUAUCUCUGCCCUGGGUUAGUUUUCAGCUGAACUAAUAGUACCUGGGAUCAGGACACAUCAGAAUAUACAGCAAUUUAUUUGCAGGUAUUUAAAACCAGUUUGUAGUCAUGUUAUCUGCUGGGGUAAUCCUAACCGUCCAUCACACUUCAUUCUUUUUGGUAAGUAUUUUGUUUCCCUGGGAUUUUUCUUCCGAGCUGCAGUUAGAAUUUAAUAGCAGCAAUGCACAGCAGGAGAUCUUAAACACUGAAGAUAAAACUCUGAACCUCUUUCAGUCAACAGAAAGCUGAAAUCUUUCCUAUUCUGUCCUGUCACCGUUGACUAGAGCUGGAUUCACCCCAUGAACCUAAAAAUAAGAUCCUUUGUGCUUGGUUAGGAACAGAUCCAAACUGCCCAACUUAAUUCAGUGUAAAUCAACCUAAGUAAAAAAAAUAGUCUUUCAUCUUGCUGAUGAAAAUGUUCAACAUGUUCAGUCAUCUGAUUUUGUGAUGCAUGAACCUGUUUGUGCUUGUUGGUGAAGACAAGGAUACUUUCUUCCAAAAGAAAACCUGUAUUAGAGUUUUUGAAGAUGCUUCCUUGAAGUAGGCUAAAAUAUAUCAUUGGAGGGCUAGUGCUUUUUCUCUGAAAGCAUAAAACUUAAUACAAGAAGCUUUAUAUCCUUAUCCUGAAAACCAGUGAAUACCAGGCUGGGGUAUGGCAGCUAUUUAAUAGCAGCAAGUAGCAAUGUACAUCAGUUUGGAAUGAAAGUGUUAACAGCUCUUCAUUAUGUGCCACUCUUCAUAGGCUCCUUUGGUUUAUGACAACUUUUUCUGAGCCUUUCUGUCUUACUCUCUGGUUCUUCCAUGUUUCUUAGUCUUCAGCAGAGAUUAUCUGGAGUUGGAUUACAGUCUCUUCAUAGAACUUUACAGCUAUCAAAGUUCAAUCAAGUAAAGUAAGCUCCCUUUUGUCUUCUCUCCUUCUUCCUAAGAAAAUUAAUCAGAAUGAGGAGGUCUUUGGAUAUCUCAUCUAAACAACUGACACCCAUAAAGAAUGGAAAAGUGAAUAGGAAUGCACUGAUGCUGACAACUUCAUUACAUAGUAUUUUCUUUCAAGAGGGAGAAAACCCAGGGGUUUCUUUCUUGCCUCCCACUGAUGAACAGUGACUGAAACAGUGAAAUGAGCAAUUUAAAUGUCAGACAGCAGCCAGCGCUUGUCUUGAUCAUCUCACCCAAUGUUUAAACUGAUGUACGCUUUCCAGCCUAUCCCAUUAGGAGAUGGAGAUUGUUUCUUCUAUGCAAAAUAGAUGAAAAAAAUACUAAAUUAGUCCAUGAUACUUGGUAGUAAGUUGCUUUCCAGAGUCGGGUUGGUUUGGUUGUGGUUUUGCUAUAACAGAAGCAGUCUACCUUACUCAGCCGUUCCAUGGGUAAGAAGAUCCAGGGUAAAAAGUUAAGAGUGAUUAUACUGGUAUAGUCAACUUUGCAUGAAAAGAGACUGAACUCUUCAGGAGUUUUGCCAUUACUUGGAAGUGCAAAAAAUGACAUCUGCAUAAGCAGCAGCUUCCCCCACUUAAAUUGACUUGUAAGCCUGCAUCUCUUCUUCCACAGUGCAAGAUCCAAUCCCUCAGUGCAAGUGCCCUAUUCUGAAAACAUUGCUUGUUGUUAGACUUUGUGUCCUAUUCUGAGCUUAGUCUAAAAGCCUGAUUGUGAAGCAUUCACUGUGGCAAAGCCUGUUUCAAUUUGCUGGCCAGAGGACUGGCUUGAGGUAGCAGAGGUUUUUAAGGCUGGUGGGCAAUCUAUCAUCUAUCCAUUUUCCAACAGAUAUGUGCACUGUCUGAAUCAGGAAGUUUUCCCUGAAUUUUUGCCCGAGUUUUUGAAAAAUGCUAAGCUUGAACUGACCACAUUUGGUAUUUUGAUUUAGCAGCAGAAUUCAGAUACACAAGGGUACCAGUCUGUUAAGACCGUUUCUAAAACCCAUUGUUGUUGAGCAGAUGUGUGGGCAGCAGACUAUGGUGAAGUGUAAGUGUCAGGAAGUGCUUGAGGAUCACUGGGUAAAGGAUGUUUGGUGUUCACAGAAGCACCAUUAAAGACUGAGAGACAACUAUAAUAGGAUGGUUCAAUGUUGUUGUAGUCAUGUAACUUAACUGCGAAGUGUUUCAUUGUGAUUUUAUAGAAAGUGUAAGGAAAGAUAUGCUAUUAAAGACAGGACCCCCCCUAAACAUUUAUGGGGCAGAUGUCUUAGAGUUGAAGAAAUUAGUUAAACAGUCACAUAAUCUGCAAACUGAAUCGAAUAAAGCCUUUGCCAAAUUGUAGGAAAUGAUCAGCACACAGAUAGGGCAAGCACAGAUUACAGUAAAAAAACGACAAUCACUUUUCAAUGCCAUGAAUAUUUUUGAUGGAUUGAGCUCUAAAAUGUUUUUUAUUGAGUUUCUAGAUUGUAAUGAAUGUGUCUACAGAAUUUUAUGCAAAGCUUCAGAGUUCAGCUGUUUUAAAAUGAUUUUUUUAUAUAGCAGUGAUUAUUUUAUCUAUAUAUUUAAUAGAACUGUAAACCCAUUUUAAGAGUACCUGUAAAAUUCUAUGUAUGUGAGAUGAUUAUUUAUUAAUUAUGACUCAUGAGAAUGAACAUUAAGCUAUGCAUCGGUUGUGUCAUCCAUUUGAAAACUGGAAACUGCAAACAGGCAAAAAGUUUUUAAUGAACAGUAGACUUGAAAAACAUGGGAAAUGAUUGAAUACAGUUGUGUGAUUCUUAAAGCUGCAUAGCAGUAUGUCGUUUUGUGAUGUUAAACUUUCAACUAAAGUUGCAAAAUAUACUGAGUGAUUAAGCUACUUUCUUCCAUUAAAACUUCUGAGGCUGAAAUUUCUACAUGUUGAUACUUGGUGUCUAAACACACUUAAAUCCUCUACAUCUUCUGGAGACUGUCAGUUUACUCCAGCUCAGUAGGACUGUAACUUCUUUAUCCAAGUAGUGCUCCAUUGAGUUCAUGGGGGUACCAUGCAAUACCCAGCGGGUUUUUUUAGGGUUUUCUGCACCAAUCCCCACAGAAUCAGACCUUUAGAAGAUUAAUUUGUCAGUGUAUGCGGUAUCGUAUUCAGCCAUCCAACAAGAUAAUAGUUAUAAUAGUGCAUUAUCACUUAUGCUAGCUUUAAGUACUUGGAGUCCCUUCUUGCCAAGCGCAAACUUGAAUGCAUCCAGUGAUGUGUUCAGUUCCUCUACUUCUGUGGAAGUCAAUGUGUUGCAUCUGUGUGCUAAGCACACACUACAGGAUCUGGCCCUGAGGGGACUUAAAUCAACAUUAAUCACAUAGGCCAGGAAGUAGCUGAAGCCUAUGCAUUGCCCUUAGCGCUGGAUCCCCUCAAAUCCAAUGUACACAAACAAUGCCACCAACUUCAGUUAACCCCACUGUAUGUGUACCUUUUGUUUGCCUAAAUUCUGCAGGAUCAAUCCUCUCUCUUUUUAGAAAGUUAACAUCCACUUCCAUUUUUGAUUAAGAGAACAGCGGAGGGGAAUGAAUGGUUGGAAGAUGAGGGUGAGGUUACAGGCUGGAAUGUGGCCAUGAAAGUUCCCAGACUGCUACAGCAGAAAGCUCUUACCCUGACAAUAGGUUGCCUGCUGUUCUCCAUUGAGCUAAUAGGUAGUGGAUCUGAAUGGAGGUAAAAAACCCCUAAGUUUUUGUCUUUCCACAUCAUACAGUUUUUUGUCAGGUAAGUAACAUCAAAUUCCUCCCCUCGGCAUACCACUGCUAACACUAAUUUACAGCUGCCCAACUUAUGAUUGUUCAUGUUCCAGGUUUGUAUCUAAACAGGACUUGCAGUAUGGCUUAUUCCCACCCACACCACCCUAAGAUGGUGAAGCUAUUCAUGCAGAGAGAUGGGAGGUAUAUGCACAUUAAAUAAUACGGCAAAGUCAUAUUCUGAGUGGGAUAGCUUGCUUAAUCUGUCCAUCACUUGGCACAACUCUAGAGCUCACAAAGCGUGAAAAAUUAACCGUUUUAUUCUCAAGUGCCACGUCUAUUUCUGUGGAACAUCAGAGUAUUUCUUUCCUCCUCUAAAUGAGAUGUGGAAAAAUUCCUUCCACCUCAGUGGCACUUUUGAUGACUCCUUUCCAGGCAAAUGCUACUGCUGAUACUGGAAAACAAGGACUGUGUUAGUUUCUCACCAUGAGGGGAAUGUCAAAGUUUAUGUCUCUGAAACAUAAAAUUGGCCCCCUGGUGAUAAAUAUACUUCUUUCUUCAUGAAAAGGUUAGAAGGGGCAAUAAAUAUAAUUAAUUUUACCUCAGCGAGAUAUACUAAAACCUACCAUUCCAAGAAAGGCUAGAUCCUGGCCUUCACUGCUGUGUUCAGGUCAGGUAAUACUUUAUUCCCAAAGUAGUUUCAUCACUUUCACUGGGCCUUCCUGGAAUCACUUUGAUUCAUGGAAUAGAUUUGCUCUGUGUCCAAGGACCAAUUCGUACACAGAGGUCCUGGUCCAUGGCCAUUAUUAGACUGUAACAGAAAAUCACCAUUGUUUAGUUAGAAAUGGCUGGUCUGAUUUAAAUCACAUAACUUUCAAAUUAUAUGCUGCUCAUUUUUUGAGAGAAAUAAUGCAGUCAUUUUUUAAUGCCAAAUAACUUACACAAGUCAAAUAAGUUUAUUUUUAUUGUAAUAAAAAAAUUCAACUUCUUCUUUUGUCUUGAACAAAACAUAUUUUAGUAGGCAUACCACUUUGUGCUAUUGUAUUCUGCUGUGUAAAGAGCUGAAGGAAGUGUUCUACCCUUCUUGUUAAAGUUCUCCAGUUUAAAAUGUAAUCUGUAAAGCGCUAGUUUGCUAAAGAGUUAAUAAGGGACUUCUAUCCUGAAGAAAUAAUUUGUAAGUAAGGAAUGUAAUAUUUAAAAUACAUGUUUCUCUUUGGCAAGUGGUGAGGAAUUAUAGUUAUUUAAAUGACAACAAAUGCUGGGAAGAUUUGAGUGGUAUCAAAAGAUAUUCUGAAGGAGAUGCAUUUUUGUGUACUUUCAAAUACAUUUCUUCUGAAUGCUUUCAAUCAGUGGUAUGUAUUGAAUGUUUGCACUUGUUGCUCAAAGCUAAUUUUUGUGAGAAAAAUAUAUUCUUCUGUAUAGUUGGUACAGUAGAAAAGAAAAUGUUUUUAGAAACUGUUAAGCUGUAAUAAGAAUAGUAUUUACUAGUGAAUAGUUCCACUUUAUUUUAUAAAAUCUCCAAUUUUGAAAUAAAUGCACAGGCUUCCUGUA